AUGAAUUCAUCAACGAUUAUAUUAUCAAGUCAACUCAAUUUAGCUCAAACAUAUGUAACUCGUUAUUUAAUGAUACCUGUUUAUAUAUUUGGUAAUAUCGUAUAUGUUACUUGUGAUUCUGCAACUAGUUCACAAACGAAAAGUCCGGAUCGACAAGCUAUUGAAGGAUUUAUUUAUGCAUUUACAAUUCAUCUUUGUUAUAUAUCUGCUUCGUUUCCAUUUGCAAUAUAUACGUUGGCAUCAUCGAUAUUUCGCAAGGAAUGUAUGUCUAGAAUUCGUCGUCUUUAUACAAAAGUACUGCAUUUUUGUGCAUAA